GUUCUGUUGUUGUAAAUGUAUCAAUUUCUGUCCAAGUCAUUAUGGUACAGGCUCUGAACAGUGAAUAUGAAAAGGUUCCAGUUGUAGAACUAGGAAUUAAUGACUACUAAAAGUAUAUGGCGCAUCUAAUGAGAAUUAGCCACUGCAGUCUAUCAACCGCAAAACCUGGUACACAACAACCCAAGUAUUGUUGUUUGUUGGCAGACACCUAGACAAUGAGGAAAAUUAUUAUGACCUACUCAAGAGUCAAAUUUCGAGUUUCCAUAUGGAAAUAAAAAUAUAAUCAAAGUCAUCAACACAGGAACCCUCUUAUGGAUAUGGCGUGCGACACAUCCAGUCUUUACUCUUCUUAACUAGUAUUCUGAUUGGCUACUUAGCCAGAGCUCAUCUUGGAGUCAGCAUAGUUGCUAUGACUUACUAUGUUCCCAUUACCAACAAAACUUAUUCAAAUAAUAUUACUUUCCAUUUAAAUAAAAGUCAACAUCCAAAUUAUGACCAUGAGCUGAAUAAUAUAACAAAUAUAGUUAUAAAUAAUUACAAUGAUACUCAGUUUAUAGACGAUCUUGUAUCUAGAGAAAUGGAAAACGUUGCGAGUGACGAAAAUGGAAUUUACAAGAAAUAUUUUUGGAGCAAACCAAAUCAAGAAAUGAUUUUGGCUUCGUUUUACUUAGGUUAUUGCAUCAUGCAAUAUGGCAUGAGCAUGAUCGCCCAGCGUUGGGGAGGCAAGUUGCCCCUUCAGAUUGGUCUGUUUGUCAAUGGAGUAGUCUCUGUUGCUACGCCGUGGCUUGCUUUUUGGGGAGGCUGGCAGGCCGUGUGCGUUUGCCGCAUUCUUCAAGGCAUGUCUCAAGCAGGCUUCUUCCCGUCCAUACAAACUUUGCUGGCUCAAUGGGUGCCGCCUAAAGAACUGGCGAGACUAAGUAGUUUCGUCUAUACUGGGCCAGUAAUAGGGACAAUCAUAGCCUUCCAAUUUAGCGGUAUAUUGUCUGCAAGCCCUUGGGGUUGGCCAUCUAUAUUCUGGGGAGCAGGAAUAUUGUGCUUUGCUACAUUCUUGGUUGUUACUCUGUUCGCAUCAGCUACACCCCACGAACAUAAAAGUAUAUCGAAGGAAGAAAGGGAUUAUAUCACGCAUACAAUGGUUAACAUCAGUAAAAAGAAACCCAGUGUGCCCCUAAAGGCGAUCCUAGCAUCGAAGCCAGCUUGGGCCAUAUUCACGUCACACAUGGGGAGCACAAUCGCUUAUCUGUUCGUGUUCAUGCAAGUGCCAUCCUAUAUCCACUACUCUUUGGGAGUCGACGUUAAGAAUAGUGGUUUAAUUUCGUCUCUCCCAUACGUGGCGGGCUUCAUCGCGUCCCUGUCAUACGGAAUACUCUCGGAUUUCCUAACGAAUACGAACGUUCUCAGCGUGAAAAAUGCUAGGAGAUCAUUCAACACCCUCUCAACAAUCGGAACAGCCGUGUGUCUGGUAGCAGUGUCCUAUACUAAGAACGUCAGUAUCGCCUUGGUGUUGCUUGUGAUUGCGCAGAUUACGCAUGUUUCCAUUCAUGCUGGUUGGAUGGUAAAUUACAUAGAUUUAUCGUCCAACUUCAGCGGCGCGCUACUUGCUAUCGGGAACACUAUCACAAAUGUUCUAGUAAUGGGGCUGCCCGUGGUCAUCUCUUACAUCAUCGUUGAUGUGUCAAAUCAAAAUCAGUGGCGCGUGAUGUUCUACCUCAUGGCAGGGCUGGCCCUCGUCACAAAUGCUAUAUUUGUUAUAUUCGUGUCAGCUGACAAACAACCCUGGGAUCACGUGGACCUCCGAGAAAAAGAAUACAACGUCGUAGAUCUAAAAAAGGAAACCAGGAAGAGAAGUCAAUAAUGUUAUAUUAUUAUUAGUUGCAAUAGAUAUUUAUUAA